AUGCCAAUUCGUGUUAUCGUUGUUGGCGCUGGGAUUGGUGGCCUUACAGCUGCCGUAUCUCUUAGGCAGGCCGGGUGUGAAGUAAUGAUUUUUGAAAAAUCAACAUUUGUGGGUGAAAUAGGUGCAGCACUGGGACUUACGCCCAACGGAGGUCGAGUCCUGGAGCGGCUUGGAUUCUCAUUCCAAAAGGCUCGCACCUGUACAAUUAAAACAUGGGCCAAUAUCGACGGCAUAACGUUCAAUACUCUCAAUCAAUUAGACCUUAGCAACGCUCGGCAGGCCUUUGGGGCCCCAUCUCAGCCGGUGACAUUGAAACUAGGCAGCCAAGUCACUGAAGCACACCCCGAUGGCACAGUCAUCCUCAAAGAUGGUUCUAGAUAUACUGCUGACAUGGUAGUGGGAGCUGAUGGACUGAGAUCGGUUAUUCGUGAUGCUGUUUUGAGCGAAAACGAUCAGGCAAAACCUGUUCAUUCAGGCCAGGCAGCAUUUCGAUUCCUUGUCAAUACAUCUACAUUGAGAAGCGACCCUAUUCUUUCCCCUUUAGCAGAUGACAAUACAGAUCGACUCAGCCUUUUUGCCGAUACAUCUGAAACUACACGAGAACGGCAUGCCAUUUGUGGAGAGGUGCAGAACUUUGUUGGCAUUCAUCCUAGCAUGGAAGUUGAAAACCAAAAAGGCGACGAUGCCAAAGUGGCCAUGAUGGCUGAGUUCUCACAUUUUGACAAGAGAAUCAUCCGCAUGAUUGAGAUUCGACUAUUGACUGGAUCAAGGCUUGCCGAAAAUGUUAAACGCUGGCCCCUAUAUAUUCAUGACCCAUACCCUACUUGGGUAAAAGGACGAAUUGUUUUGGUUGGAGAUGCGGCCCAUCCGAUGCUGCCAUAUGGUGGCCAAGGGGCAAUGAUGGCCAUCGAGGAUGGCGGUAUCCUUGGCGCCCUCUUUGCCAACGUCCUCCCAGAUCAAAUCGAUGCACGCCUGUCCAAAUAUCAGCAGUUACGUAAAAACAGGGUUUCUCGUGUCCAGAUGCUUUCCCAAGUACGCGUAGGACGAGAGAAAGAGGUUGACACCCGAAUCAGCCAGUAUGCGGAUGGCCCAAAUGGCUCUAUACCCAUGACACACAAGGAGCGCACUAUUCAUGAUUACAGUUAUGAUGCAUAUACAGAAUUAGAGAGAAGCCUUGCUGCAGAUAUAUAA